CCUCCUCCCCUGCCGAGUGCGCACGCGCGGUCUCACCUGGCUGGGUGUGGCCGCGGACGAGUAAGCGAGGAUCAAGCUCAACAUUUCCCUCCGAGCUCCACGACGACCAUGACGACGAGCCUGACCACGACGAUUGUUGCGCUUCUGCUCGUCCUGUCUGAAUGGCAGCGCCUGGAGGCUCGCGACAUUCUCCCCCAGGGCCCAGUGGACGCCGAAGUGGGGAAAAACGUCACCUUGGUUACGCUCCUGCAGUCCCCCAAGUACUCGUUCAUCAUCUGGAACUUCAACGACGGUCACGAGCAGAUUCACGUGGCCACCCUGGGGGCCCAGGGACUAAAGGUGAACGUGCUCUUCCAGGGGCGCGCGUCCGUGGACGCCCAGAGUGGCGCGCUGUCACUGAGCGCGCUCACGACGGCCGACAGCGGAGACUUCAGCGUCAACAUUGUGAGCGAGGAAGGCGACACCGAGACCGCCGAGAUACAGCUGCGCGUGCUCGAGCCUGUGUCGGGCGUCAAGCUGACCGCAAACGUGGCUGAGGCGCUGGAGCACAACAGCACGGUGGUCCUAACCUGCAACGCCAAAGGCUCUUUCCUCAACUUCACCUGGCUCAACGGCAGCGUGCCUGUUGUCCCUGGCGGACGGCUUGCUAUCCAACAGGGCGAGGCGAGCAGUCGGCUGACCAUUGUCGAUGUCCUGCGCACCGACCUGACACAACCCAUCUACUGCACCGCCACCAACAAACUAGAGAUGGAGAAGAGCGCCUCCUUCAGCCUGCCCGUCCACUAUGGUCCGGACGAGGUCACCUUCACGGCUUCCCAAGAGUCGGAGUUUGUGCGGGCCGGUUCCAACUUCAACCUAACGUGCGCCGUGCGCUCCAGUCCACCCGCCACCAUCACGUGGUACCAGAACCAGACCCUGAUGGAAGACACCGGGCCUGUGCUGCCGCUGCAGGCCGUGGAGCGGCUCCCCCUGUGGGAGCAGAUGAGUCACUAUGCGUGCCAAGCUGCCAACGCCAAGACCCAGCGAGUCGUCAUCUCGCGUAGCGUUUCAUUCGCUGUCAUGAAGCCGGUGUCGGGCGUGCAAGUGAGCGGGCCAGCCCAGGGCACGGUCCUGCUAGCCAGCAACAGCUCGGCCAACUUCAGCUGCCGUGCGGCGGAAGGUCCCGUGAGCAGCCGCUUGUGGCUGAAGGACGGCCAGCAGCUGCCGGCGUCGGGCGACGAGGGCCGCGUGAUGGUGGCGCCUGACGGCACUUGGAUCAGCUUGGCGCCGUUGCUCAAGGGGGACAACGGCCGCAUCGUGUGCCGCCUGUCCAACGCCGUUAGCACGGAGGAGGCUGCCUACCAGCUGCUCGUCAACUUCGGCCCCGAGGCGGUGACGGUGAGCGGGCAGAGCGCGGUGGAGGUGGGCGACGCCAUCCAACUCAGCUGCUCAGCCAACUCAGUGCCGGCCGCCAACUUCACCUGGAAGUUCAACGCGACGCUGACGGAGGUCAAGACGGCCACCUACGCCAUCGACCAGGCUGUCUACAAGAACACGGGCACCUACACCUGCCAGGCGCACAACGUCGUCACCGGCAAAAGCGCCACCUUCGUCCACCACCUGUCCGUCAAAGAGGAGGGCGCGCUGGAUGAAGGCCUAUCAGAUGGCGCCAUCGCCGGCAUCAUCAUUGCCAUCCUGGCUGCGUUGGGCGUGGCCAUUGGCUUGGUCUUGUACUGCCGGCAGAAAGUUCCGGUGGAGUCGCCAUACUAGUGACCUUUGCACGCACUGCCGGAGAUUAUGGUCCAAACACGGGCCCUUGUGGCUUUUCCGAGACGCCUCCGUUGGGAAAGCGGUGUGCGCGCAUCACGGGAAAGCCACGACGCUCGCCACAAUUCGGACGCUUGCCACAACUUGGACGCUCGCCACAACUCGGACGCUCGCCACAACUCGGACGCUCGCCACAACUCGGACGCUCGCCGCAACUCGGACGCUCGCCGCAACUCGGACGCUCGCCGCAACUCGGACGCUCGCCGCAACUCGGACGCUCGCCGCAAUUCGGACGCUGGCCGCAAUUCAGACACUGGCCGCAAUUCGGACGCUCAUCACAACAUGGACCCUCGCCACAACAUGGACCCUCGCCACAACAUGGACCCUCGCCACAACAUGGACGCUCGCCACAACAUGGACGCUCGCCACAACAUGGACGCUCGCCACAACAUGGACGCUCGCCACAACAUGGACGCUCACCACAACUAGGACUCCGGCCACAAUUUGGACGCUAGCCACAAUUUGGACGCUAGCCACAAUUUGGACGCUAGCCACAAUUAGGACACAUGCCACAAUUUGGACGCUCGCCACCAUUCGGACGCUUUGUUUGGUUUCGUGGCGGGAAUCUCCUCCCAUCCUUGUUUGUCUUUGUCGUCUUUGCCACGCCUUGCGACCGCCUCGCUCCCACCGUACUCACCCCUCCCUCCCCACCGUGUCAAGACUGGCUGAUGAAAAAAACUGCAAGGGUGGAUGGCGGGCCCAACUGUGACUUUUGGCGGGAAAAGUGCUUUUAUGUUUUUGUAACUUUGAGUCUGAAAUGACUUUGUGUGCGUGUGCGCACUUGAGUAUUUAUUGUGAAAAAAAACUAAGCUCAUCACAGGUCACGCACGUUCAUCAGACUGCUAGCAUGACGUUUGACUUUUGCAUGAGCUGUCAAUCAACAUGAACGCGCCUGCGUAGCGUGUGGUUUGCUCCUGCCACCUUUUGAGUCUUUGUUUUGUUUUUGUUAAACAGCUGUGCAAAGUCUUGUUUUUCUUGUCUACUUGUGGGAAAAGAAAAGAAUAAAACAAACAAAGUUCACUUUGGUACCAAACUA